AUGGCGAUCGAAGUUCGAAAAUACCACUUACUACCGACAAAUCUGAUCCCCAACUCACCCAGACCGUUGCUACACUACAAAAAUGUACUGAAGAAAAAGCCGAACACAUCCCAUUGUGAUCCUGGGGAGGUCUGGGACAAGUUUACGAAGAACGGAUGGAAUGUGCACUGGAUAUUCCGUUACAGCCACACCCAGCUUUCCCAUUACCACUCAAAUGCACAUGAGGUCAUGGCCGUUCUGUCUGGCACAGCAGAUAUACGCUUCGGCGUAGCUGACACUUCGCCAGAUAUGGAUGAGAACACACAUGGUUCCGCAUGGGAAUCUGGAGAUGUUGUACUGCAAGCUGAAGCAGGGGAUGUUUUCGUAAUCCCGGCGGGUGUAGCCCACAAAACACACAAUACAAAGCCCGAAGCCGAAUUUGCUCUUCUAUCACCUGGAAGCGGGCAUGGUAUCGAGACUGAGAAUCCCCGGGAAGUGCUAUCGAGCCUCAAGCUCGAUGGGUUCACUAUGAUGGGUGCGUACAGUGGCGGUGAUUGGGACUUUGUCGCGACGGGGGGAAAUUUUGAGAAGCCAUGGUCGGUUCCUAAACCAAAGCUUGACCCGAUUUUUGGAAAUUCUGAUCAAGGACUGUCUACAAGCUGGAUUGGGAGUAAUGAUGUUGCUAAAGCUCGCCUCUGA